AUGCCUGAUCUCGCGUUAAAAAACCAAGACAUGCCGCAAUCAAAUAAUGGAAGUACAACAAAUGCGCAUGUAAUACCCAACAUUUUCACCGAUGAUCUUGUUACUUUCCACGAAUCCCAUUUCUCGCACACCGCCGUCGCCGUCUUUGGAUCUGAAUUCCUAGACUCACCCUCCCAGGAUCAAACUCAAGAUGAGGCCGUCGAUGGCAACUGGGAGGAGGAUGACGACAGCCUGGGCUAUUAUCCGGAUGGUGUGAAAAGGACCUUGACGGAUGCGCAAAUCGAGAUAUUUCGACAUUCAGAACUCGAAACUCUGCGCAAAGAGAAAGAAAGAGCGAAACAUCUACGCUCAAAAGAAACAGCGCCAUCGAGCGAGGUCAUGGAUUUGAGUGAUGCUACCCAUAUCUCCACGCAAACUAAAAACAUGACGUCCUCAUUACCCACUUCCUUCCAGAGCAAUAAGAAACGAAAGAAGAAGAAAGGUCUUCAGCGCCCUCGCCCCGAACCGAAACCAGACUUGCGCAAACGAACCUGGGACGUUGUGGACAAGGGCUUGGACUCGCUGGAGUACGACUAA